GACUUCGCCCCGCCCACGUGUUCCUGUGUCAGUGUAAGGAGAGCAGAGUGUGGCUGUGUUGGAGCUGUCCUUGCCUGCAAUCCAAGAUAAAUGAUGGCAGCUCAAGCCACUGAAUCUGAUCAGAUCAAACAGUUCAAAGAAUUUCUUGGAACGUACAAUAAACUGACAGAGAACUGCUUUCUGGACUGUGUGAAGGAUUUCACAACACGAGAAGUCAAACCGGAAGAGAUUACCUGCUCCGAGCACUGCCUGCAGAAGUAUUUAAAAAUGACACAGAGGAUAUCUAUGAGAUUCCAGGAAUACCACAUACAACAGAAUGAAGCCUUGGCUGCCAAAGCUGGUCUCAUCGGUCAGCCACGGUAAUGAAGAAUUGAGUGUGCUCCACAAGCUUCUACAGGUUCUUCAAAGGUUCUGCAUUGCAAACCAAACAUGUACCUGGGUUGUGGGGAGAUCCACCCCUCUAGUGGGAACUAAGAUACGUGCUACCAGAACAAAGCAUAUCAUGAGGAUUCACAUAUUAUGUUGCAGAGAACAAUAAUGGAUUGGUCAUCACAGAAAAACAUUCAGAGGUCAGAAUGACACCCAACACACGUCUUCUCUGGGUCUUGAAACCAACCUUAUAAAACUGUGGUUCUGAGAAUUCUCCAAUCCAAUGUCAAUAGUCCAGAGUGGUGGAGACAGCAAAAUUCCAUAAUUGUGAGCUCUGAAGACAGUCAUCGAAGAAGCCGCUUGUCUGCAAAACCAGGACAGUCAACAGAUUUCUAACUAACUUCUUAAUCUUAUACAUAAGAGCAAAUGUGUGACCAUAGGUACUUCUCUUUAUCUCGCAGUAAUUGUUUGACAUCCAGUACAGCCAAUGGGAUUAUUUUUUCUUCUUUUUUUUAAAUCACUCAAAUAUCCUGCUGCAAGUGCUCAAAUCACUUUGAAACUAAUAAAUAUAGAGUUUUAUUAAAAAGAGAG